AUGAAGGUCCUCAUCCUCGCCUGCCUUGUGGCACUUGCCCUCGCAAGGGAGGAAGUACUUAGUGUAUCCUCCGAGACUGAGAGUGUUUCCAGCAGUGAGGAAUCUAUUGCACAUAUCACUGAGCAGAAACUUCAGAAGGUGAAACGCAUGGAACAGCUGCAGGCAGAGGAUGUGCUCCAGGAUAAAGUUCACUCCAUCCAGUCUCAAUCCCAGGCUUUUCCAUAUGCUCAGCCCAUCUCUUGCGCUCCCCUCGCACAAACCAUCCAGCCUGUUGCUCAGCCCCCCGUGGUGCCUUCUCUGGGACCUGUCAUUUCUCCUGAACUGGAAGCCUUCCUUAAAGCUAAAGCCUCCAUCCUUCCCAAGCACAAAGAGAUGCCCUUCCUUAACUCUGAAACUGUCCUCCGCCUCUUCAGCUCUCAAAUCCCCAGUGUUGCUGAGCUUGCAAACCAGCAUCUUUCUCAGUCUCUGGUCCAGCUCCUGGCACAAGCUGUGCAGGCUUCUCCUCAGUCUCCAGUGGUUUCUUCUCAGCCCCAGAGGUCUCUUCCUCAGUCCAAAGAUCUGUACGCUCUCCUGCAAGUAGCACCCUUCCUUCAAGGAGAUAUGUCUGUCCAAGAACUUCUGCACUACCUAGAACUUCUGCUUAACCCCAUCAUCCAGGUCCCUACCACUCAACGAGUUCAUCACGUUACUUGCUCAGCUUACAAGAAAACAAAGCAACAGACCACAUUAAGUUCAGCAUUCCUAGUUCAUCAUCAGAUCUACAUAUUAACAUAUGAGGAAGAGGCGUCCCCCAUCAAUACAUGUAUUCCUAUGGAGCAGCUGAAGACCUAUGGCGGGGGCUCUCAGGAUGCCAGUCUCAACACAGCAGUGCAGCUCUCGCCCGUUUACAGUACCUGGCAUGAAUUCCCUUCUGUGGAGCAGCCUCGGAUCUGUUCAGAGAGCAGUUGUCGGUUACCCCUUAACAGUUAUACCACUAUUACACUAAUGGCCAUAUCUUCUCUGAAUAAUGACAAGGCUACAUCUAUAAAUCGGUGCAUCUCUCAACCCUCAUCAGAGAAAAUUCUUGCAGCAGAUGAUAAUCAACACAGAAACCUGCCAACUGUGCAAUGUGCAGAUGAUAAAAGACCUCAGGAAUGCUCAGUCCUAAGCGUAAUGUCUACAUCACAUCCUUCUCCUCAAGGCUUAAUGAUCUAUGCAGAACAGGAAGGCAGAAAGAUUGUUAAAGAUAGAGGUGAUGGAUGA